GCCGAGCAAGCAUAAAGCUGUGAGCGGAGCUUUUCCCUCUCUAGACUUCUGUAUCACGUGCGUGGGGGAGAACAGGUCAUGUGACUCUGGUUGGCGGUGGGCGCUGCUGAAGGCUUGUGGCGCGAGCGGGGCUGUGGGCGUUAGGGACCCCCGCGCGCGCCGGCAGGAUGCAGAACGUCAUCAACACGGUGAAGGGGAAGGCGCUGGAGGUGGCCGAGUACCUCACUCCCGUGCUCAAGGAGUCAAAGUUUAAAGAAACUGGAGUCAUCACUCCUGAAGAGUUUGUGGCAGCUGGAGACCAUUUAGUUCACCACUGUCCUACUUGGCAAUGGGCUUCAGGAGAAGAAUUAAAGGUCAAGGCUUAUCUGCCAACAGACAAACAGUUUUUGGUAACUAAAAAUGUGCCAUGCUACAAGCGGUGUAAACAGAUGGAGUAUUCAGAUGAACUGGAAGCAAUUAUAGAAGAAGAUGAUGGUGAUGGGGGAUGGGUAGACACAUUUCACAAUGCAGGUAUUGCAGGCGGGACAGAAGCAGUUAAGGAGAUCACACUGGAGAGCAAGGACAAUAUAAAACUAUCAGGAUAUCCAGCCUCUUGUGAAGAUGAUGAGGAAGAUGAAGGGGAAGCAGCUGACAUGGAAGAAUAUGAAGAGAGUGGGCUAUUGGAGACAGAUGACGCAACUCUUGAUACAAGAAAAAUAGCAGAAGCUAGCAAAGCUAAAGCUGAUGUCGGAGGGGAAGAUGCCAUCCUGCAGACCAGAACUUAUGACCUCUACAUCACUUACGACAAAUACUACCAGACUCCAAGGCUGUGGUUAUUUGGAUAUGAUGAGCAACGGCAGCCUUUAACGGUAGACUACAUGUAUGAAGAUAUUAGUCAAGAUCAUGUCAAAAAAACAGUAACAAUUGAAAAUCAUCCCCAUCUUCCUCCACCACCUAUGUGUUCAGUUCAUCCAUGCAGGCAUGCAGAAGUGAUGAAGAAAAUAAUUGAAACAGUUGCAGAAGGUGGGGGAGAACUUGGAGUUCAUAUGUAUCCUUUCCAUGGAAUGUCAGGAGACCUCUGAAGAAUAUGUUAUCUAAUAAAGGUCUAAUCCAUCCUCCGUCCAUUCCUAAA